AUGAAACUCCUUGGUAUCUUUUCACUAUUGUCUGCGGCAAGUUCGCUCGCUCUAGAACCUAACUAUACUUCCCCUGCGGGCGUUGAAAUCUACAACCCCUCAACACUGUUCACACCCACUGGACCAUGGAGCCUGAUGUCAAAGGCAGGCAACACUGUCUACAUUGCUGGCAUGCGAGGCAUCUACCCAUCCAACGACACUCUUGCGCCGGUCGGCAUCGACCGGAUCCGCCAGGCCUACGCCAACAUGAUUCAGCUUGCCGAGCUGGCUGGGACGGACCGUUUCUCGGCAGUGCGCUUGGUAGUCUACACGACGGACAUGUAUCGUUACAGGCCGCUGUGCAACCAGGCACAGACGGAGUUCUGGGGCAACGAUCCUAACAGACACCCACCCAGGACAAUCAUCGAAGUGCAGAGGCUAAACGAUGACGAUAUUGUGGAGGUGGAGGGGACUUUUCUGGCCCCCUAA